AUGGCUCGUAACGAGGAGAAGGCGCAGUCCAUGCUGAACCGCUUCAUCACGAUGAAGCAGGAGGAGAAGCGCAAGCCCCGCGAGCGCCGGCCGUACCUCGCCUCCGAGUGCCGGGACCUCGCCGACGCCGACCGCUGGCGUGGAGAGAUCCUGCGCGAGAUCGGCGUCAAGGUCGCCGAGAUCCAGAACGAGGGCCUCGGGGAGCACCGCCUCCGAGACCUCAACGACGAGAUCAACAAGCUCCUCCGCGAGCGCAGCCACUGGGAGCGCCGCAUCCUCGAGCUCGGAGGCCGCGACUACUCUCGCAGCUCCAACGCCGCCCUCAUGACCGACCUCGACGGUAACAUCGUCGCCAUCCCCAACCCCUCCGGCCGGGGCCCAGGCUACCGCUACUUUGGCGCUGCCAAGAAGCUCCCCGGCGUCCGUGAGCUAUUUGAUAAGCCACCUGAGGUCCGCAAGCGCCGCACCCGCUACGAGAUCCACAAGCGCAUCAAUGCCGGGUACUAUGGAUACUAUGACGACGAGGACGGUGUGCUUGAGCCCCUUGAGGCUGCUGCCGAGAAGCGCAUGCGGGACGAGGUUGUCACGGAGUGGCACCGGGUGGAGCGUGUGCGGCGGGAGGCCAUGAAGAAUGUGGUGAGUGGCGAGGUGGCUGCAGCAGGUGGGCGUGGUGGGGAAGCUGCUACGGAGGUGCUGUUCGAGGAGGUGGAGGAGGAGGUUGAGGAGGAGAGGAGGCUGGAGGAAGAGAGGAUGGAAAGAGAGAAGGGGGAAGAGGCUGGGAGGGAGUUUGUGGCACAUGUGCCGCUCCCUGACGAGAAGGAGAUUGAGCGGAUGGUGCUAGAGCAGAAGAAGAAAGAGCUGCUCAGCAAGUACACAAGUGAUACCCUGCAAGGCGAGCAGAAGGAGGCUAAGGAGAUGCUCAAUGUCCAACGCUAG